AUGGCAUCAAAUAAUUCAUCUAGGAAAUGGAGUGUUCGAAUUGUUCCACUUCCUCCAUCCAUCAAUUACAUUAGACUAGCACAUGAACUACAUCUACCACAAUCACGUAUCUUCAUUCCGAAGUUUUUUAACAAUAGUAUUUCUUACGCAUGGGUUAAUGAUUUCUCCAAUGAAGACGAUGCAAAUGAAUUUGUGCGUCAAUGGUCAGGAGCUUUAAUUCAGGGACAGAUAAUUGAAUGCAUUGCGUCGUUGUCAAGAAAUGAUCAGGCUAAUCGAGAACCAAAUCAACAACGUGAAUUUCGACCUUCAAUUGAACCUAAAACUCAACGAGAAAAUUUUGAUCGUCCAAGCACGCGGUCACUCUUAAAGUCUACAUAUACAAGUGAAAAUUUACAUGCUAGAACAAAUGAUGUGGCAACGGGUUCACAAAAACUACUGCCACCACGACAUCAUCCUGACAGAAAUCGAAAUACAUUGCAAUACCAACAUAAGCGAGAUCUAUUAUUUCAACAAACAAUGACAUCGAAUCUACCUUCAACAAGAAAUUUAAUGAAGAAUCAAGAUUACGAAUCGUGUAAAAAUUCGCAUUCGCAUAGCUUCAGUCGUACUCGAAGUGAUUCUUGCUCGUCAACAAGUUCGUCCUACUCGAUCAACUCAACCCAGUCGAUGAAUGCAAGAUCACAACUAUGUAGUAAUGGUUUCAAAUGUUCUAAUGUGGAUUGUAGGUUCGAUCAUCCAGACGGAUGGAACCCUUGUGUGAAUGGAGAAAAAUGUGAAGAUUAUGAAUGUACAGCUGGUCAUCCUUCUGAACGAAAAGCAAAAUGUCGCGAUCGUAGUCGUUGCAAAGCUAUUAAUUGUAAAUUAUUACAUCCUGAAACGCGUCCUAAGGAAUGUUCUCUCCGUGCUAAAUGCAAAUUAUGGAACUGUCCAAAACUGCAUCCACAUACUCGAGCUCGACCAUGUCCUCACGAAAAAAACUGUACAAAUCUCGUUUGUUUAUGUUUACAUCCAUUAGAGCGCAUCAGAUUACUCUGCCCAUUUGGAGCUGAUUGUCGGGAUUUUUUGUGUAAACUUAACCAUCCACCCGAACGACCAUCGGUAUGUGAUCAAUCCCAUAUAUGUUCAAACAUUAACUGUACGCGUCUCCAUCAACUAGAAUGGAAUCCAUGCGAAUUAGGAAGUGAAUGUAAAGACGAGCAAUGUUUGAAAAUUCAUUCACUCGAUCGCAAUAUUAAUCUACAGCAAAAAACAGGAGCAGCUACUACUAACGUCAACACCAAAAACAAGAAUCAACAGACCAAAAAAAAAGAUUUGAAAACUCUUGAGCAAAGAAUGGAAGAUCGUAAGAAGGCUCGAUUACCAAUUCUAUCUAGCCGAGAGGAAUUUUGUCAGCGUCUUCAAUCUGAGCGUGUUUUAAUUGUCACUGCUGAAACCGGUAGUGGUAAGAGUACCCAGUUACCUCAAUAUGCUGCUGAACAUUUUGGUUCACUUGUCGUUUGUACUCAACCACGUGUUGUUGCUGCUAUUUCUUUGUCUCGUCGUGUUGCCGAAGAAUAUGAUGGGAAAUCAGUUGGUGAAUCUGUUGGAUAUCAGGUCGGAAAUGAAAAUCGAGUAAAAGGUACUGAUAUUAUGUUCAUGACCGACACUACACUUAUUCGUCAAAGUCAGCGUGAUUUUGAUUUGAAGCACAUACGUGUUCUCAUUGUCGAUGAAACGCACGAACGCUCAUUAAAUACAGAUAUUGUUAUUGGUAUUGCUAAAAUUCUGCUCGCAAAACGUCCCACUGAUUUUUAUGUUGUUAUUGCUUCGGCUACCAUUGAUCCAGUUUGUUUUCUUCAGUUUUUCAAUCGAUCAACAAGCGCAACUCUCAAAGUAGAAGGACAACUCUUCCCUGUUACUAUUAAUAACAAGGCACCACCAGGUGACUGUUUGGAUCAGAAGCUUAUUGAAAACCAUAUAGUUCCUGUGGUCAUCGAUCUAUAUCCUCAACAUAAUGGACAUAUAAUGGUUUUUUUUCCUGGUCAAGGUGAAAUUGAACGCGCAUUGAAAAUAUUUAACUCAAAACUUCCUCGUGAUUGUAUUGCACUUCCACUCUAUGGAUCACAAUCACCUGAAGAUCAAGAAAAAGUGAUUAGAUUUAACGAAAUAGACAAACGAUUGGUUGUCUUCUGCACAAAUGUCGCCGAAACAUCAUUAACUAUUCCAAAUGUUCAAUUAGCUAUUGAUACCGGUUGGGCAAAAGAAGCUCGCUAUGAUGUUCAACGGCGUCUUACAGUUAUCGAAACUGUGCGUAUCUCACGUUCAUCAGCUGAUCAACGGAAAGGUCGAGCUGGACGCACGGCGUCUGGUCAUUGUGUACGUUUAUAUGAAGAUAUAGAAUUAAAACGACAAAAUAUUGAACCAGAAAUUCUACGAUCAUCACUUGAUCUUGUUCUAUUACAACUCGUUCGACUUAAUCUUAAUCCGAAAACAUUUCAAUUUAUGGAUCAACCAUAUACUGAUAUUAUCAAUAAUUCUCUCGAUCUUCUUAUUAACCUCAAAUGUAUGGAUGAACAAAAAAUUACAAAAAGAGGCGAACUAUUUACCGAACUUGGACUUGAUCCACGUCUUAGUGCUUUUAUCAUAGAGAUUUACACAGAGUAUAAAAGUCUUCUAGAACUCGCAGUUGCUAUAGUUGCAAUACUUUCAGCACCAGGUACACUUUUCUUUAUGGGCGCAGAGAAACAAGACGCAAAAACACGUAUUGCUCUUCAAGCACAUAGUCAUGAAAGUGAUCUUUUUCAUCUUCAUUCAGUUUACAAUACAUGGAAAAAUGCUGGUGGAACAGAAAUUCAAGGUAAAUGCUCACAAUGUAACAAACUAAUUAGAUAUUGUAUAUGUCGCGUAAAGCAUAGUAAUGAAAAUAGUUUAAAUAACAAAAUUCUUCAACAUAUUGAUGCUUCAUGUACAUCGAUUAUAAAACAGAUAAAAAAUGCUCAUUGGUUACAGUCUGGUGAUAAAAUGCCACAAAAUCUUAUUAGUAUUAUUGGUACCCAACUCGCUCGAUUCUUUCCUGAACAAUGUGGUUAUUUACUUGUUCCACAAUUACCAAUUGAAGGUGUUCGUUUAGUAUCUACCGAUAUUCGUGCCAAUAUAACUAACACAAGUACAUUCAUGCAAAAACUGCAUAUUAAUACAGAUCGUGAACUUUAUCAACAUUUUGUUGCAAUGACCAUCACUCAAUUACCAUCAGGAAGGUAUAUUAUCGAAAGACUUCAUCCCAUACUCAGAUCAGAUGUCAUAGUACAAUCCGCAAUGCGAAAUUUGAUAACGAUGGAGAAUAUUGGCUCUGAACUUGCGUAUCAUAUGCGUCAAGAACUGAACACUUAUCGUUCGGAAUCAUGGGCAAAAUGGCUCGUUUAUCAUUACGAUCGAUUUCAAUGCCGUUUUAUUCUCUGGGGCCUUGAAGCAGAUAGAUUAGCCAUUACAUCUAUAGUUAAAGAUAUUUACGAUAAAACAUUAAAAAAACUUUUCGAUGCUUAUCAAUUAUUAGAAUGUGGACCAAUUAAAGCAAAUUUUCAAAGUGGUCUCAUAUGUACAUAUAUCAGUCAAAUGACUAAUACAUUAAGAGUUAAUAUUCAAAAUGUUCCUUGUCAGACAACGAAUGAUUUAAAGGCAUGGGUUAAAAGUAUCACUGAUAUCGAAUGGGACGAAAUUGAAAAUCAUGUUUUUUAUACUCCAAAAAUCGACACCCAAAAGAACACUUAUAAUAAUCAAAAUAAACAUGUCUGUCUUAUUUUCAAAAAUGAAAAUACAUUUCGACGAGCGAUAGACAAAAUUCCUUCUUAUUAUAUCAUUGAACAGGACAAUGAUUUGAGAAGAUAUCGUGAUAGCGAAAAAGAAAGUUGGGGUCGAGAACUUGUAAUUCAAACUCCAGCAAAUGUCACUGUUGAAGAUAUUAUUAACAAAUACGGUGCUGAUAUUGUAAUGAAAUGUAUACAAUUAAAUGAAAAAUCUCGUGUAGAAUCGUUUAUCAAAUUAAAUAAUCUACCAAACAAUACUAAUGAAGCUGAUCUUCGGCAAUGUCUUGAAGUUCAUAAUGGUCUUACACCAAAAUAUAUCUAUGUUGGACUUACAAAAAAUAAUGCAACUGGAUGGGCAAAAAUAACAUUCCAUAAUGAUGAACAACGGGAUCAAGCUGCAAUCAUCUAUAAUUCGCAACUGUGUUACAAUAUAUUUCCAAUAACUAUUAUCGGAAAGAGAGGUCUAAAACAAAAAUUUGUUCGAACUACUGUAAUGAAGAAUGAUGAUCCUAACAUAAGACACAAUCACCCAUCUGCUUUUCUUACAAAUAUCUUUCGUGUCACCAUGAUCAAUCGUGAAGUAGCUCUACAGAUAUUCUCUUCAAGAACAAGUACGAACUUGGCAUGGUCCACUCCUAUUUAUUAUUCUUCCGAUACAUCACAAUGGACCAUCGAUAGCACAGCGACAACAACUAUUUAUCGAACAGAUUUAUAUCCUACUUUUCAACAGACGAUCGACGAAAUUUGCAAGAAAUUUCGUGUUGAACUAAAAUGUAAAAAUCUUCCAAGCUUUGGUAAACGUUGUACAUUCAAUCGUGGAAAUCCACAAAACACCAGUCUAGCUGCUUCAAUGCUUGCGCAAACGUUUGCACCAAUCAACAUUAAAUUGAAUACAGAACGACAGAAACAAUUAUUUCGUGAAUUGGAAGAAAUUGGUGAAAUACAAAAAUGGGCUAUCGAAUUGUCCUUAGUAAUCAAUCCGAAUAAAUAUCGUACAAAUGUUGAAAUUCGUGGUCCACAAACAUCUCAAGGACAAUUAAUGCGACGAAUUGCUGAUUAUUCUGAUGAUUUCGAUUGUCGUUUUCGUGAACUUGAACUCAGUGCAACCGUAGCAACAUUCUUUCGACAACAAAAAUCAGCAUCAGUUAAAUUGCAAGAGAUUGCUUCACGAUGGUCAUCGAAAUCUUGUUCGGUAUCAUUCAAUUCAAAAACAGCGACGAUUAGAAUCAUUGGUAAACCAAAUGUCUCAUUGACAGAUAUGAACAUUUGUGAAAAUGAAGUUCUACAACUUUUGAAUGAGAUAACUGCUAACACAGAUGAUAUAGGAAGUGAUGAAGAAGAAGAAGAAGAAGAAGAAGAAGAAAAUGAUGAUGAUGAUAGUGAUAUGAUACGUUUUGGAACACGACGAAUAGAACGUCGAUGUGUUUUUUGUCAACAGAAAUCAUCUAUUUCUACUAGUUUUUUUCGAAUCUGUGGACAUACUUAUUGUCGAUGUGCUGCUCAAACUCUUGCUGCAUCGCAUACGUUUCCGUUACGAUGUAAAGCUUGUCAAUCAAAUAUUCAUAUUCGUGAUAUUCAAAUUAUCUUUAGUAAUCAUGAACAAUUGCUUUUGCCUUUACUUAAAAGUUCCAUUCAACAUUAUUUAACAACAAAUCCUCAACAGGAUGAUCGGGUUUUUUGUCCUAAUGCUGAAUGUAAUGGGCUAAUUAAACUUAAUAAUGGUUAUCAAACUUGUUUAACUUGUGGCCAAAAUGUUUGUCCUAGAUGUCAAGUGAUCAAUGAUGAACUUCAUAUUGAAAUGACUUGUGCUGAAGUUGUGGAAGAAAAGAAACGUCAUCCGUUCUUGUCGAGACUCUUCUCUGCUGCAAGAAAAUUUGUGAAAGAUAAUUGGCCAUUUGAUCCAACAGUACAACCAAUUGGUCGAAUCGAUGAAAAUCCUUAUCUUAGGAAAGAAUAUAAAUCCUUAUCACGUUUUUAUGAAGGUAACGAAAUAUUAGGUUAUUCUUCUCCACCAGAUUUAGCUAAAGGAUUCUUUGCUUAUCAUGGAUCACCGUUGGAUGCAAUUGAUUCCAUCUGUCAAACAGGCUUUGAUCCUAAACGUCGUUCAGGCCAAGUCUAUGGUCGUGGUGAAUACUUUGGAGUAACAGCACUUAUUUCACAUGCUUAUUGUCAGAAAGGAGGUAGUCAAGCAGGAUUUAGUCAAAUGAUUAUCGGAUUUAUUUUUCGUUGUACACAAGUUACAACAAAAGAAAACUUUUGUUAUGUUGUUGAUAAUCCAGCAGAUUGGACAUAUGCUUUUAAUUUACCUGUGCUAAUUGUCACCUAUGGACAAAAUGCUGUUAAGCAACCUUACCCUUUUCCUGUCGAAAUACCUUACUAUGCUGAUAAAGAAACUUUUUGA